UAACGGCAUGUAAUUAUUAUUAAUCAUGGUUAGGUUAUCUACGUCAGGGCCCGUCAGUCUUACAGGCAACGUCAGCGGCCGCCAACUUCACUGCCAAAUUCUGAGGGGCGCCGACUUGCCAGCCGAUUUCACGUUGGCGUGGACGGGGGUGCCAGCGGUGAUGCUCGCCUAGGGCACCACAUCGACUAGGACCGGUACUGCGCAAAGUAAUACGUGGUCGAUACAAGGAAGUAAAUGCUUAAUGGAAAAAGCUGUUUACAUGAAAGUGGAACCAACAUAAACGUCGGCACUGAAGAAAACGGAGCUAGACGUGCCACACACCCGGGUCUCACACGGUGUGAGAAGCUUGGCGGCGCCGGCCAGACCAUGGAAGAGCUCAAGCUGGUUCUCAGUCCCACUGCACCCCCCCAACCAGACCGGCCUGCUGUCUCCACUGCCCCCACACAGGUUCCGACUGUGACUCUCCACGCUCCACAGGCUCUGCCGAUCAGAACUACGCCCCCAUCAAUCAAAGUCACGCCCCCCUAUGUUAAAGUCACACCCCCGCCAUACAGACCCAUGCCCCCCCAGCGCAUCCCUGGUGACCCUGCGGCCCCUCGCCCCCCCUCCUUGCACCAGCUGCCCAUCGCACCGGCGCCCAUCCAGCCCCAGUCCCUCGACGACCCUGAAGGCCCUGCAGCUGCUGAAAGCACUGGUGCAGGAGUCCGAGCUGAUCCCCAAGAGGAGAGCGCCAGACCUGGAGGACGAGCCCGAGCCACCAGUGAAGAUCCAGAGCCCUCCCCCAAGUCUUCCUCCGUCUCCAUGCCACGUCGGGGGCCCGCAGAUCCCAGCAGCUGAGCUGGAGCAGACCCUCAGGGAUUGCCAGGCUGGACACAAGGAGCUUUGUGCAGAGGAGUCGGUGGAAGGCAGCAAUGCCCCCCCCUUGGCCAGUGCAGGGUCAGAUGGACCCAGGGAAGACCUCCCCAACCCCUCAGCUGCUCCCUGCAUACCUUGCAUGAACUCAGACGCUAGCAGCCCCCCCGUGGAGCGGCCCGUGAGCCCCCUGUAUCCAGACAGCACACCCUACCCUCUCCGGCACACGCCAGUGAGGUGUGCCAGCCAAUCCCCCACUGCCAGCCUCCCCGGGGGCCCCGAGAGGGAGUCCCCGCAGGCCGUCGUCAGGCCCCAGAUCCUCACCCACCUUGUGGAGGGCUUUGUCAUCCAGGAGGGCCUAGAACCUUUCCCGGUGUCCCGCUCGUCCCUGAUGGUUGACCAGCUGGCCCAGGAGGCAGCCGACAACUACCCAGGUGACCCGCCAAUGGACGUGGAUGAAGUGGAGAACUCGGAUGUGGAUAGCGCUGCCACAGAUGACCUGGACAAGCUGCUGUGUGAGUUCUGUGGCAAGCGGGGGCCCUCACACUCCUUCCUGCGCUCCCAACGAUUCUGCUCCCUGCAGUGCGUCCGAGGGUUCAACAUGGCAUAUUCCAAGCGCAUGAACGCGCUAAAGGCCAAGAAGAUGGGCCGCUGGACAUCACGCACAGAGGGGAGGCGCAGCCGCCAGCCCAACACGCCGGAGGGAGGCCACGGAGAGCGCUACCAUCAGGCACCUAACCAGUACGGUGCCACCAGCCCGUUUCCAAAGGAGGCCACGGCAGAGGAAGUAGAGAAGACGUCCAUCCCAAUGACAACAAGACUGCGUCGCCAGGUGGAACGUCGGCCAUUGCGCGCAAGGGCCAAGUCAGCUCCUGAUUGGGUCGACAGAUCAGCACUGGCUGCCCCGACCGGCAGCCCUGGCCUGUGGACCGUGGACCAAGUGUGGGCCUUCAUACGCUCCAUGCCAGGUUGCCAAGACAUCGCAGAGGAGUUCCGUUCGCAGGAGAUCGAUGGCCAGGCUCUGCUGCUCCUGACCGAGGAUCACCUGAUGGGGGCUAUGAAGCUGAAGCUGGGACCAGCCCUGAAGAUCCAUGCCCGCAUCAGUGACUUGAAGGGCCCCUAGUCCCACCCCUAGUCAUGCCGAACACGGCCACACCCCCAAGCACAGGUGUCCCCUGAGUCCUGUGUCACAUGACCCUGCCUUGAAUGGAGAAGCACUGUCUGAAGUCUGCAAGAUGCCAUGUUUGCUGCUCACUGGUUUAUCAGAUGUAAAAACCCCAAAACCAUCUCAGACCGCAAGCUACAAAUUAAUGAAGCAGUGACUCCAGUGAGUGAGACAGGCCAAAUUAAAGAAGCAGUGACUCCAGUGAGUAAGACAGACCAAACAAAUGAAGCAGUGAUUCCGGUGAGUGAGACAGACCAUACUAAUGAAACAGUGACUCCGGUGAGUGAGACAGACCAAAUUAAUGAAGCAGUGACUCCAGUGAGUGAGACAGGCCAAACUAAUGAAGCAGUGAUUCCAGUGAGUGAUACAGACUUUCUGGCCACUAGUCAGGCGCAUCAUCUCUAUAGAUACGUAGACUGAACAGCUUCACAGGGCUGCCUAAUACAGCCAUUUUUUGCUCAUGUUUCGAAAAAUCUCCACCCAAAGACAGCCAUUCAAACAAGUUUUAUAUUUGUUGCAUAUUAUCUUUUCGUUUUAAUAUCAACUAAACUUUAAGCUAGGCAAAGGGUUGCAAUAAUGAUAACUAAUCAUACUGUUUACCUAAAAAAUAACUAAGUAUUUAAGUUGUAUUUAUAAUUCUAAUGGAAGUGGAGUUUAUUUUUACAGCCUUAAGAGUGACGUAAUUCAUUGAGGAAGGUUCACCAGCCUAUGGAGGAAAUGACAGUGUGUUCAGUGGGAAUCCCACACUUUAAGCACAGGACCAAACAACCAAAAAUUUCUCAAAAAAAUGGUUUAAAACUGUAGAAUUGUUUCUAUUACUUAAAUUCUGAAAUAAAGUAUGUGGCACUUUGAAAGUUU